AUGAAAAAGGGUGUUCCAUUUGAAUGGGAUCAGCAGUGCCAAAAUGCUUUUAAUAGUAUUAAGGAGUAUCUCUUGAAGCCUCCAGUACUCAUGAGCCCAAUAAAAGGGAAACCACUACUGUUGUACAUAACAGCCUUGGAUGGUUCGUUAGGGGCACUGUUGACACAACACAAUAAGCAUGGGAAAGAAAAUGCAUUGUAUUACUUGAGUCGUACUUUGGUUGGGGCAGAAGUCAAUUACUCUCCUAUCGAAAAGACAUGUCUUGCCUUGGUGUUCGCCUUGCAAAAACUAAAGCACUAUGUCUUGGAACACGAAGCCAAGUUGAUAUCAAGAGCAAACCCCUUGAAAUAUAUACUUUCACAGCCCAUACUUUCAGGGGAAAUUGCAAAGUGGGUUGUAAUUCUCCAACAAUUUGCAAUUGAAUAUGUUCUCCAAAGAGUUGUAAAGGGGCAGGCUCUAGCAGAUUUUUUGGCAGCACAUCCUAUACCUAAUGACUCACCUCUAGUAACUAAUUUACCAGAUGAAGAGGUUAUGCAAGUAGAAAUUCAGAAAGGAUGGGAGAUGUAUUUUGAUGGAGCUUCAAGGAGUCCAGAUGGCAAGAAGCAAGAAAAUCCUAAAAACAAUAAAGCUGGAAUUGGAAUUGUGUUUGUGGCUCCAGACAAUGCUAUAAUCACCCAUUCUUUUGCCUUAAGUGAAGGAUGCUUCAAUAAUGAGGCAGAAUAUGAAGUUGUAAUUGCUGGAUUAGAAUUGGCAUUACAAAUUCCUAUUAAAGAACUCUCAAUUUACGGAGGUUCGGAACUAGUGGUAAAGCAACUCCGUGGAGAAUACAUUGUUAAGAAAACAAGUCUCAUCCCGUAUCAUGAAAGGGCUGAUCAAUUGUUUUCGCAAUUCAGGAAAACACAUAUUUUCCAUGUGAAGAGAAGAACAAACGCUCGAGCUAAUUCACUUGCAAGUUUGGCUGCAUCACUCACCCUACCAGAUAGCAAAACAAUUACUAUCACGGUAGGUGAAAGAAGGGUGUUACAACCUUUAAAAGAAGUUUCUGACUUGGUUCCAAUCUUGGUCGUCACCAUGAAAGGAGAAAACGACGAGGAUUGGCGGGAACCAUUCAUAGCUUACCUCCAACAUGGUAGGCUACCUGAAGAUAAAGUAAAAAGAAUUGAAGUGAGAUGCAGGGCUACCAAAUUCGUGCUGUGGAAAGAUGGAACGUUAUACAAAAGGUCUUUGGAUGGAAUGUACAUGCAGUGUAUAGCCAAUGAGCGUAUUCAAGAGGUAAUGGCAGAAAUACAUGCAGCAUGGGGUAUGGACAUUAUUGGUCCUUUUGUACCUCCAUCUUCAGCAGGUUAUCGAUAUAUCCUAGCUGCAACUGACUAUUUCUCAAAAUGGGUAGAGGUCGUGGCUUUAAAGGAUAUAAAAAGCACAGUUGUCUCUAAGUUCAUCCGAACCCAUAUCAUUUACAGGUUCGGGAUUCCAGAAAAAGCUUUCAACAAGACACUGUGCAAAAUUCUUAAGAAGAUGGUGGAUAAGAACAAAAAAGCUUGGCACGAAAAGUUACAAGAAGCUUUGUGGGCUUAUCGGACUUCGCACAGAACUCCUACUCAAGCAACCCCUUAUUUGUUGGUUUUUGGAGGAGAAGCAGUGUUAUCACUUGAGGUUCAAAUACCAUCAUUGCGAGUGGCAAUACAAGAGUCCCUAACAGAAAAUGAAAGUGCAAGAGUGAGGUUGGCUGAGCUGGAGACCCUGGAUGAAAGAAGGUUGUAUGCUCAACAGAACUUGGAGAUCUACCAACAAAGGAUGGCAAAUGCAUUCAAUAAAAGAGUGAGGCUUCGUUCCUUUAAAAAAGAGAGACUUGGUACUAAUGGUUAG